AUGACGCUGGAUGGAUUUGUGUGUGGUUCUGCUGUUAUCUGGGUUACUUGUGCACCCUAUCCCCUGUUUGGUUCAGCUUCUGGGCGGCUUCUGGCCGACAGAAGCAGAAGCUGGAGCCAAACGGGUAGCUUCUCGCGCCGCUUCUCCGCGACGCGCUUCCGCAGGAAGCCUUCCGCCCACUUAACGCCCGAAGCGCCCGUCAGUUGGCUUCGGUUCGAAGCCGCGCAGGGUUGUAGCCCACGCGACGCUCCUCCGCCGCCGCGAAGCCAUCGCGCCGCCGCCGCGAACCCAUCGCACCGGCAGCUCUCCAGCUCUCCACCAGCGCCGACAGCUCUCCACCAGCGCCGCUCCGAUUUCGCCCCCUUCACGCCCCUCGUCUCCUCCUCCCGCUGUCCAGAUGCGAACGGCACCGCGGCCGCCGCCGCCGUCGCUUGCCCCAGCUGCGAAGACGCGUUCCCGUCCGAGGUCGCCGUCUCCGAGCACCUCGACGGCUGCCUCGCGUCGGCAGGGGGCGCCCGCGCGUGCGCUUCCGCGUACCUCGCCGCCGACCCGGCCCCGCCCGCGGCCUCCGUGGAGGUGGUCAAACGCCUGCUGGGCAACCUGCUGCAGGAGCCCGAGAACGACAAGUUCAGAUAUUUCUUUACUUCUUCAGAUGAUUGCUGGUCAUACGUGAAACGAGGAAAGCAGGAUCAAUUGCUGCCUGAUCCAAAGACUUUCCCUUCAGGCAUCAAAGCCCUUGCAGAUUAUGUGCAUGGAAAAGGUCUGAAACUUGGUAUAUACUCUGAUGCUGGGUAAGUGAACAUCUCAAUUAUAGAAUUACAAUUUUCUGCAUCUGCGUGCAGUUAACUUAGCAUUGACAACAAUAACUCAAUAAGAUAAAUCUUUUAAUUGGCUGUGAUGUCAGAAACAUGACUUCUGAAACAAUGGAAAUACUGAGCAACAAAGAAGUAAUUCAAGUAAACCAAGAUCCUCUUGGAGUUCAAGGAAGAAAAAUUUUAGGACAAG